UGUUAUCAUAAUUGACAUAAUUUUUCAAUAGUUUAGGCGGUAAGUGAAACAUCAAAGUGAUUGGAAACGGUUACGAUUAAAUCGGUUCUUGAAUUUCGACUCAGGAAUUUAUGCUAAUCGACGUCAUUUUUUCAUGAUGAGAUGAUUCUGAUAGAUAAAUCGAAUAAUUAAUUUCUUCAUGUUUAAAAAUAUGUUGUAAUUAUUGAAUUAUUAAGUUUUUUAUUCAAAUGCAUCAAAAAUAAUAUCGAUACUUUUGUUAAUGUUAAAUUUUAUAAUCGAUUAUAAAAGGUAAAACUUAAUUAUGUAAGGAUGAAAAAUUUUGACGUUGAUAAUCUAGUAGAGAAUGGUAUAGAUGAAAUAAUCAAAGACUGGAUUAUUAAUGACACUUCAUCAGAUGAAAGUGAAUCGAGUCAUACAGAAUCUUCUGAUGAAGACGUACAGAACCCUCCUCAUAAAAGAACCUGUGUAAAAAACUUUGUUGAAAAUACUGUUUAUCUUUAUACCGAUUUUGAAUUUAAGAGUCACUUUAGACUAUUUCGGCAAUCAACUUAUACUUUAAUUGAACAAUUUCAGCAAAAUAUUUUCCUUAUCAAUAAUGGACCAAGAAAAUGCAAUUACUCAUGGACGAGCUUUUUUGAUGGUAUUAUGGUUCUUCGAAUUAAUAUAAAUUUAAAUUUAUAAAUUUAUAAAUAUAUAAA